UGAAAUAGUUUCACAAUGAGAUUCUUGAAAUCUGUUCCUUUGGCAAACUGUUUGCAUGUAAUUGAUGUUAUUGCAGAGUUCCGAACACAACAGGAAUGAGAUUGAAACAUGGACCUAGACGGGGUGGCGACGACAACAGUGCUUGUAAAUAUUUUGGAUGAGAAUGACAAUCACCCUGCAUUUCGACAACCGCAAUAUGAAAUCACCUUAGAUGAAGGGCCAUUCACCGAGCAUUCUUUCAACCUGACAGUGAGUGCGACAGAUCGAGAUGAAGGCCCAAAUGGGACGGUUACCUACGCCAUUGUAGAUGGCAAUAUUCAUGACACGUUCACCAUACACAGUAUCACAGGUCAGAUCGAAGCAGUGAAGGAACUGGACUAUGAGCUAUGCCAUGGCCGCUACACUCUCACCAUUACAGCCACUGACCGCUGUCUGAAUCCACUGUGCCGUCUGACAUCUACAGCCACUGUACUAGUCAACGUGAAUGAUAUCAAUGAUGUGGUGCCAAAGUUUCUUCACACUUAUGAGGGUCCAUUUGACAUCACUGAGGGUCAACCAGGCCCCAGAGUAUGGACGUUCCUUGCGGAUGACCAAGAUUCCGGCCCAAAUGGGCAAGUAGAAUAUAGCAUCAUAGCAGGAGAUCCCCUUAAUGAAUUCAUUAUUUCUCCAGUAGAAGGGGAGCUCCGUGUGCAAAGAGGUGCCGAGUUGGAUCGAGAAAGCAUUGCAUUUUAUAACUUAACCAUUAUGGGCAAAGACAGAGGCACACCAGCUCUGAGCAGUACGGUCCUGGUGGGCAUUCACGUCCUGGACGUAAAUGAUAAUGAUCCUGUGCUCCAGAACAUUCCGCGGAACUGCACCUUCAGUGAAAACACAGCCGUGUCCACAAGCAUUACCAGAAUUUUGGCCACUGACAUUGACAGUGGGUACAAUGCCCUCCUGACCUUUAGUAUUACUGCAGGAAACAUUGAAAAUGCCUUCUUCAUCAAUGAAACAACUGGAGUCAUUUAUGUCAACAGACCAUUGGAUAGAGAGCAGAUUGCUGAAUACAAGCUCACCAUCACAGUCAAAGACAACCCAGAAAACCCAAGACAUGCUCGAAGAGAUUCUGGCGUACUGACCAUCUCCAUCUCAGACGAGAAUGAUAACAGUCCCACCUUUACGCAGACGUCAUAUCAAGCUGAAAUUCUGGAGAAUGCAGACACAGGUACACAAAUCACCAUGCUGAAUGGACCUAUUUUAGCUUUUGACAGUGAUGAAGGACUCAAUGCUGUCGUCAGUUACCAAUUACAGGGUAACACAACUGAAUUCUUCACAAUAGACUGGAACACUGGCAUUGUCUCUGUCGCACCAGGAAAAAGUAUUAACAGAGAGUCAUUGCCUAAUGCAAGACUGGAAUUGACUGUAAUAGCAGAAGAUAUUGGUCAACUGAAGAGUGUGGCUAGACUCACUGUUACAGUCUUGGAUCAAAAUGACAAUGCACCAGUCUUUACCCCUUCUUCAAUGACUGUCCACAUUCUGGAAAACAGCCCCUCAGGUUUCAGCGUUGGCCAGGUGACAGCAACAGAUGCAGAUACUGGAGUGAACCAGCAGCUGAGUUACCGGAUAGAGGGAGGUGCUCUGGAUAAGUUUAUCAUCGACCCUCGCACGGGAGUCAUCAAAGUGGCCAAUGGAGUAACGGUGGACCGAGAGGAAAGGGCGUCCUACACACUCAUUGCGGUUGUGACGGACAGUGGUACCCCAUCAUUGUCAGCGAGUGCCACUGUGAACAUUGUGAUUGAUGACGUUAAUGAUUGCCGUCCUGAGUUCAUUAGCCCUAUCCAAACCAUCAGCAUCAGCGAGUCAGUGACUGUCGGUUCUGUCAUCGCAAACAUAACAGCCACAGAUCGGGACCUCCACCCUCAGCUGGAGUAUUACAUUAUCGAGCUUGUGGCUAAGGAUGACACUGAUGAAGAGGUACAGGAGUAUCAAAGGGCCUUUGACAUCAAUUUUAAAACAGGUGCUGUGUUUGUGAGAACGCCUUUGAAUAGAGAGCUGGUAGCUACCUACACACUUACCAUUUCAGUACACGACAAUGCCAGUGAGGUGAUCAGUCAUUCUGUCAGUGUUCCCAAUGCAAAACUGACAGUGAAUGUCCUGGAUGUGAAUGACAAUCCUCCUCGAUUCAGACCGUUCGGGGUUAAUACUUUCACUGAGAGGAUUCUGGAAGGAGCAACAGCUGGUACAACGCUACUCUCUGUCUCAGCUGUGGAUCCUGAUAAAGGACCCAAUGGACUGAUCAACUAUGAACUCCUGAAUCUCCCUCCCGGGGACUACAUCAGAUUGGAGGAUCCUGCAGCAGGGAAAAUAGUUGCAAGCAGGACAGUGGAUUACGAAGAGGUUCAGUGGCUGAAUUUCACAGUGCGGGCAGUGGAUCACGGAUCACCACCUCGAUCUGUGGAGGUUCCAGUGUAUUUACAGAUCAAGGACGUCAAUGACAAUAACCCUGUCUUUGGGCAGACAUCCUACCAGAAACCAGUGUUUGAAGACGUCUCCCUAGGCACAGUGAUUCUUCAAGUUAGUGCAGAGGAUGCAGAUGAUGGCAGCUUCUCACAGAUUGAGUACAGCCUUGUGGAUGGAGAGGGCAGGUUCGGAAUCAAUCCAACCACGGGGGAUAUUUAUAUUCUGGCUGCACUCGAUCGAGAGAAAAAAGAUCAUUACACUCUAACAGCUGUUGCCAAGGACAACCCAGGUGAUAAUCCAAGCAAUCGCAGAGAGAAUGCUGUCCAGGUCCUGGUGACUGUUCUGGAUGUCAAUGACUAUCGUCCCCAGUUCUCCAAGAAUGUCUUCAGCACCAGCGUUUAUGAGAAUGAACCAGGAGGAGCUUCUGUGGCUACCAUGACUGCAACAGAUCUGGACGAAGGGGAGAAUGCGGUCUUGCAGUAUAGUAUUCAGGGCCCUGGUGUGGAGGCUUUUAGGAUUGAUGAGGACACAGCCGUGAUCACUACCACGAGGCUCCUGGAAUCCUACGAGAGGUUUAAUUUGACAGUGGUAGCCACAGACCGUGGUCGCCCACCGCUCUGGGGGACAACAUUGCUGACGAUUGAAGUGAUUGACGUGAAUGACAAUCGGCCCAUUUUCAUUCGACCACCCAAUGGGACAAUACUGCACAUCAUGGAGGAGAGAGACGCAGGCUUUAAUGUGUAUGAGGUGCUGGCCACUGACAACGACGAAGGUUUGAAUGGAGCGGUCAGGUAUGGUUUUCUGAAGACAGCGGUCAACAGAGACUGGGAGUAUUUCAGCAUCGACCCUCUGAGUGGAAUCAUCAAUACGACAGUGAGGCUGGACAGGGAGAGGCAGGCUGUCUAUAAUCUGAUUCUCUUGGCAUAUGACCUUGGGCACCCUGUGCCCUAUGAGACCACCCAACUUCUGCAAGUUGCUCUGGAUGAUAUUGAUGAUAAUGAGCCCCUCUUCCUCAAACCACCGAGGAGUUUGCAGUACCAGCUGCUGUUUGUGGCUGAACAUUCUGAUCCUGCCACCAUUGUGGGGAAUGUAACUGGAGCAACCGAUGCUGAUGAAGGAUCCAAUGCAGUUGUCUAUUAUUUCAUAGCAGCUGGAGAUCCCGAUAACAACUUCCAGCUGAAUCGAGAUGGGCUGCUUAAGGUAUUGAAUGAUCUGGACCGAGAAACCAACCCGUUCUACGCUAUCGUUGUCAAGGCUUCCAGUAACCCGAACUGGAAACCCCCAACGGGGCAAAACCAGCUCUUUGACCCCAGCACUGAUCUCACCCUCCAGGAAGUCCGCAUCUUCCUGGAGGAUAUUGAUGACCAGCCGCCAAGGUUCAUCAAGUCAGAGUACACAGCUGGUGUUGCUACUGACGCCAAAGUAGGCUCCGAGCUGGUCAGAGUGGAGGCUUACGAUGCCGAUAUUGGAAACAACAGCCUUGUCUUCUAUCAAAUUGUUAACAUCCGCUACUAUCAGCUCCAGUUCAAUGAGUCUGAAGAUGUGGGGAAUGUCUUCAUAAUUGGGGAGCAGGAUGGCAUUGUGAGGACCUUUGACCUCUUCACGGCCUACAACCCAGGCUAUUUCCUGGUGGAUGUCAUGGUUUCGGACCUGGCUGGACACAAUGAUACGUCGGUGAUUGGGAUCUACAUCCUGAGAGAUGACCAGCGUGUUAAGAUUGUCAUCAAUGAGAUCCCAGAGAAGGUGCGGGAGUUUGAAGAGGAGUUCAUUAAGCUGCUCUCCAACAUCACUGGCGCCAUUGUCAACACAGAUGAUGUGCAGUUUCACGUAGAUCAGAAGGGCCGAGUGAAUUUUGCUCAGACCGACGUGCUGAUUCAUGUGGUGGAUAGGGAAUCAAACCGGAUCUUGGAUGUGGAGAGGGUAAUCCAAAUGAUCGACGAAAAUAAGGAACAGCUUAGAAAUCUCUUCCGGAAUUACAACAUUCUCGAUGUCCAGCCGGCUGUUACUGUUAGGGCAGCUAAUGAUAUGACGUCUUUACAGAUGGCGAUAAUUAUUCUGGCAGUUUUGCUGUUUCUGGCUACCAUGCUGUUCAUCUUUAUGAACUGGUAUUACAGGACAGUGCACAAAAGAAAGUUGAAGGCUAUUGUAGCAGGCUCCACUGGUAACCAAGGGUUUAUGGACAUCCUGGACAUGCCAAACACAAACAAGUAUUCGUUUGAAGGGGCAAAUCCAGUCUGGCUUGAUCCCUUCUGCAGAAACUUGGAACUUGCUGCUCAGGCUGAACAUGAAGAUGAUCUGCCAGAGAAUCUCAGCGACAUCACUGACCUCUGGAAUAGUCCAGCCAGGACCCAUGGCACGUUUGGCCGUGCACCACCUUCAUCUAAGCUGGAGGAUGAUCGAUAUUUACGUGCAGCCAUACAGGAGUACGACAGCAUCGCAAAACUUGGACAAAUCAUGCGAGAAGGUCCCAUCAAGGGCUCCCUUUUGAAAGUGGUUCUGGAUGACUACCUGCGGCUGAAGAAGCUGUUUGCAGCUCGAUUGGCUCACAAAUCCACUGCCAGUGGGGAUCGCUCAUCUGUGGUGGAGCUGAUUCCCAGCGACGUGGAAGAUGACGAUGAGAAACCCCCCAGUCGUGGAACUCUGAAGUUCAAGCAUCGGCACCCUGUGGAGCUGAAAGGUCCUGAUGGCAUUCAUGUGGUUCAUGGCAGCACUGGCACCUUGCUGGCCUCUGAUCUGAACAGUCUGCCUGAAGAUGACCAGAGGGUCUUGGUCAGAUCCCUGGAAACGCUGAACACAGAGAGCGGGAGCUAUGUGGACAGGAAUGCCAGGACGGAGUCUGCAAAGUCCACGCCAUUGCACAAGGCGAGGGAACGGGUGAUGGAGAUUCCACUGGAAAUCACGGAGCUUUGACAGUGAUAUCCAGGAGCCCUGCACAAAAACAGAUUGUUGGGGGAGGUAGCUGUGGAAAAUAAGCAUAAAAGCUGCCUACAGUCACUUUUUUUGGGGAAGAGGGACCACUCUGUCACUUCCACCACCCAACCUCCACACAACUGUUGACCCCACCCCCCCCAACUUCAAGAACCAAGCAUCACUGAUAACAACAAACCCCUCUGACCUGACCCACGACAUCCCAAACUCAUUCUGCCCCCACUGUUACCUGAAACUGCUGAACUUUGCAGUGUAUGGAGGCAGCCGGGAAAGCAACAAUUCAAAUCCAGCCACUAUCUGAUAUAGGGUCCUGGCACGCACUGGGUUCCAAUCAAGCUAAAUUAUAUUGCAGUAUAUAAUGAAUUAAAUUCAUACUGAAAAUACUCAAACCAUUAACCACAAAAAUCAAGGAUUUUUUUCCCUGUUUCUAUUUGAAUAAUAUGAAACCAAAGCAGCAAAUAUCUCAAAUUACUAAUACUGCUCUGGAUAUGAUAAAGAUACCGAACCGAGAGACAGCACCAGUUAGGGAGCAAACUUGCUGCACACAUGCUCAUAUAUUUCCUUCACAGACAUCCAGUCUUUUCUUAAAAGCUGCAAGGGCAAUAAACCAACUGGAAAAUGAUCUGUCCCUAUUACAGGCCAGGCCACCUCUGCAGUGAAAGCAAGCAGGGUCAGCAGUGAACAAGACAUUUCAGAAGCUCACUCACUACUGCAGACAAUCCACCUUAAUUCAGCCCAUUUUAAAUCUCCCCCAUUCAGACAAGCCAGAAUGCUCACUCAAGGCAUACAAACAUUCCCCUACAUAUAUGCGCCCCCAAACCCCACAUAUUUCCUAAUCAAGUCUCCUUUGCCUCUGCGUUGCUUUGAAUUGAACAUAUCAGUUCUUUAAGCUUGCAGUUCUCUCCUCACUGUUCUGAAACUUUCCCCUAGGCCAUUCUAUCAUCUAUAACAAACAGGGCAACAGUACAAGGCACAGUGUUCCACUGAAGUAAUUAAACCGGCAAUCUGUACAUGGACACAACCAAAUGAAAUAUAUCAGACACCACCCGUCUCUUUACACAAGACAACACACUAUUUUGACUACACAAAAUUCUAACACCUAGAUCGUACAAUCUCCAACUCUUUUCUGCAUAAUUCCCUGCAAAUAAUCAAUGCAGUCCUUGAUGGCCCUACGUACAUGCUUCCUAAUUUUUGGCCCAUUCCUUGGCACCUCAAGAUCUUUGAGGAUCUCUGCUCUCAAGACACCAGUGUUAAUAUUGACACAUUUACUGACCUUUGCCCUGCACCGCUAUCUAGAUUCAAGGUGUUUACCCUGUCAACAGCAACCGUUGACAUGUCUAGUAUAAAUUGCUGGGGUCACCACUGGCAGCUUGCCUCUUGGCUUAUCCAGAGCCACCCACUUUAGCUCUCAGUAGGACUGGAGCUAGUUCCUAACCCCACUUGCUUAACUAUGGCCAACUCAAAAACCUACUCCAGUAAAUAAAGGGCAAGAUCCUUUAAUCAACAGCUUUUCAGAGAUCCAGGUACAAGUCAACAGGACUCCCCCUGUCCUGAUCACUUCGUCAAACUACUUACAUCUCCAUGGUACUGCCUCUGUCACCAAAGUUGUGUUGAGUAUCAUACUGCUGUGUAAAUGGCAGCGUUACAAAAUUGUAAUAACUUACAAUCUGCUGUGGUCCUGACCAUUGGAAGGCAGAGUGGUUUAAACACCACAAAGAACAACGCACCAAUAUUGACACUAAACCAAAGGAGGAUACAUCAGGGCAGAUCACUAAAAGCUUAGAGGUAGGAUUCAAGUAGCAUCAUGAGUGUUUUUUUUCGGGGAGGCAACUCCAACACUUUACACUUAAGAAACCAAGUCAAAUUUUACAGCAUUUAGGCUUCACAAGUGGCCUGAAGCUAUUACAUGCUACCAGUCUCCAUUGCUAAAAAAGAAAACAACUUUAUGCCAACAUUAUUUAAAACUGUUAGUGGUGGAAAUUCCUCUUAAUACAGAAGCAGUGAACGUUAAUUCCCCACACAAAUUCAAGGCUAUGGUUGGGUAUCUAAUUACUGUGUUUUUUAAAUAAAUGUGUAAAUUUUUACAGACGUGUAAAUAUAUUUGCUAUUAACUGUUCAUGUGCAUCAUACGGUUAGGUGCUGAGCUGAGAGAUUAAUUGGAACCUUAAAUGUUAAUUUUGUUUUUUGUUUGUCUGACUACAAAAAUACUGGUUUGAAUUG